AUGGAAGCCGCUAGGGAGGACGAGUACUUUUACAAGAAGCAAAAGCAGCAAAUUGAGGAGCUGAAGGCGCAGCUUCAGCAGGAGAUUGAACAUCAUGAGAAGCAAGUGGAAAGCCAUAAAGCGGUUCUGGAGAGACAUCGACAGCGUGUGAAAGAGCUUGAAGAAACGGCCAACAAGCAAUGA